AGUGAUGAGAUCCUCAACAUUAACCAAGAGCUCAUUCCUCCAGAAGCACCAGCGAGCAGCUUCCUGCUGGAGGGAGACAUCGUCAAGGUGAGCCCUUUCAGAGUGUUUUCAUCUGCAAGCCCAAAAUGGCCAAAGAGAAGAGGAACUGUCCAAAUUCCCUACAUCAUCUCCUACAAAUAUGACAAGCCUAGUGUGAAGAUCAUCAAGGAAGCAUUUGCAGACUUUGCAAGGUUCACAUGCAUCAAGUUUGUUCCCUACUCGUAUCAGAGAGAUUUCAUCUCCAUCAUGCCAAUGUCUGGGUGCUUCUCCAGCGUUGGACGCACUGGUGGGAUGCAGGUGGUCUCCCUAGCACCUGCUUGCCUCAGAAGGGGGAAAGGGGUGACUCUGCACGAACUCAUGCAUGUGCUGGGUUUCUGGCAUGAGCACUCCAGAGCUGACCGGGACAAGUACAUUAGAAUCUCCUGGAAUGAAAUCUUGACUGGCUUUGAAAUUAACUUCAUGAAAUCCUGGAACAGCAACAUGUUGGUGGACUAUGACUAUUCCUCAGUCAUGCACUAUGGCAGGUAUGCCUUUAGUAUGACCGGCUUGCCCACCAUCAUACCACUCUCCAAUCCUUUUGUCGCUCUUGGACAGAGGCGGAAUCUGAGCAGUUCGGACAUUGCCAGAGUCAACAAACUAUACAAAUGUUCUCCAACUUUGACAGAAUCAGGCGGUUACAUCUCCCUGAAGUCCCCUUCUGCCAGACAAACCACAGGACAUAAGACUUCUCUAAUCAGCCCCAUCCUGCAUAGGAUUGGAUGCAUCCACUUCUGGUACAGCCCCCUGGGCUCUGUCAUGGGCACAAUAAACAUCUAUAUCAAGUUGGCAGAUGCCCCUGAGUGGCACAGAAUCUGGUCUGCCAAGGGGAAGCAGGGCAGAGACUGGCAUCAGGUAGGAGUGGAGACAUCCGUGUCACAGAAGCUGCAGGUGAUGGUGGAAGGUGUCAUUGGCCCGGAUGCAGGGAGUGAUGUUGGCAUUGAUGACCUGUCUGUCUGUGUGGCAGAGUGUCAGGGAGGUUGUGAUGAGCUGAUUGCUUUAUACAAAAAGUGAAAUGAGCAACCAACAAAAUAAACCUUUUUAAAAUGCAAAAUGGUCCAGAAUCUUUCAUGGGGCUGAACUGAUCAAACCUUGGUCAACUUAGGCUGA